GACCGAUCAGGAGAAAGAACCGCGUGCGAUAAUCUUGCUAACGCCUAUUACAGUCUGGGAGAUUUUAAAACAGCCUUGGACUACCGUAAACGUACACUGAAAAUUGCGAAAGAAUUGGGUGACAGGUCAUGGGAAGCGAUUGCGUAUAGCAAUCUUGGUAUCGCCCAUGACAAUCUGGGAGAUUUUAAAAGAGCCAAAGACUGCCAUGAAAGUCACCUGAAAAUAGCGAAAGAAUUGGGUUACAGGUCAUGGGAAGCAAUUGCGUAUGGCAAUCUUGGCAUCGCUCAUAACAGUCUGGGAGAUUUUAAAACAGCCAUAGACUACUAUAAACGUACACUGAAAAUUGCGAAAGAGUUGGGUAACAGAACAGGAGAAGCAAACUCGUAUGGCAAUCUUGGCAACACCCAUCACAGCCUGGAAGAUUUUGAAACAGCCAAAGACUACCAUGAACGUUGCCUGAAAAUUGCGAAAGAACUGGGUGACACAUCAAUAGAGAGAAAUGCGUAUGCCAAUCUUGGCAACGCCCAUCACUGCCUGGGAGAUUUUAAAACAGCCAAAGACUAUCAUGAACGUUUUCUAAAAGUUGCGAAACAAUUGGGGGACAUGCCAGGGGAAGGACAAGCGUAUAGCAAUCUUGGCAAUACCCAUUGCAGUCUGGGAAAUUUUAAAACAGCCAUAGAUUAUCAUCAACGUCACUUGAAAACUGUGAAAGAACUGGGUGACAGAUCAGGGGAAGGAAAAGCGUAUAACAAUCUUGGUAACGCCCAUUACAGUCUGGGAGAUUUUAAAACAGCCAUGGACUACUAUGAACGUAACCUGAAAAUUGCGAAAGACCUAGGUGACAGAUCGGGAGAAGGAGCCGCGUACAGUAAUCUUGGUAACGCCUAUUACAGUCUAGCAGAUUUUAAAACAGGCAUGGACUACCAUCAACGUCACCUGAAAAUUGUGGAAGAACUGAGUGACAGAUCAGGUGAAGGAAAAGCGUACAGCAAUCUUGGCAAUGCCCAUCAAAGUCUGGGAGAUUUUAAAACCGCCAUAGACUACCAUCAACGUCAACUGAAAAUUGCGAAAGACCUAGGAGACAGAUCAGGAGAAGGAAUCGCGUACGGCAAUCUUGGUAACGCCUAUCACAGUCUGGGAGAUUUUAAAACAGCCAUGGACUACUAUGAACGCGACCUGAAAAUUGCGAAAGACCUAGGUGACAGAUCGGGAGAAGGAACCGCUUACAGUAAUCUUGGUAACGCCUAUUACAGUCUGGCAGAUUUUAAAACAGGCAUGGACUACCAUCAACGUCACCUGAAAAUUGUGGAAGAACUGAGUGACAGAUCAGGUGAAGGAAAAGCGUGCAGCAAUCUUGGCAAUGCCCAUCACAGUCUGGGAGAUUUUAAAACCGCCAUAGACUACCAUCAACGUCACCUGAAAAUUGCGAAAGACCUAGGUGACAGAUCAGGAGAAGGAAUCGCGUACGGUAAUCUUGGUAACGCCUAUCACAGUCUGGGAGAUUUUAAAACAGCCAUAGACUGCCGUCAAUGUCACCUGAAAAUUUUGAAAGAACUAAGUGACAGAUCAGGGGAAGGAAAGGAGUAUGGCAACCUUGGCAACUCCCAUCACAGUCUGGGAGAUUUUAAUACAGCCAUGGACUACCAUGAACGUCACCUGAAAAUUGCGAAAGAAUUGGGUGACAGAUCAGGAGAAGGAACCGCGUAUGGUAAUCUUGGUAACGCCUAUUUCAGUAUGGGAGAUUUUAAAACAGCCAUAAACUACCAUCAACGUCACCUGAAAAUUGUGAUAGAACUUAGUGACAGAUCAGGGGAAGGAAAUGUGUACAACAAUCUUGGCAAUGCCCAUAACAGUCUGGGAGAUUAUAAAACAGCCGUUGACUUCCAUAAACGUACACUGAAAAUUGCGAGAGAACUGGGUGAUAGAUCUGGGGAAGGAGCUGCUUAUGGCAGUCUUGGAAACGACCAUCACAAUCUAGGAGAUUUUAAAACAGCCAAAGUUUACCUUGACCUUUGCCUGAAAUUUGCGAAAGAACUGGGUGACAGAUCGAGAGAAGGAAUUGCGUAUGCCAAUCUUGGAAACGCCCAUCAGGGUAUGAGAGAUUUUGAAACAGCUAUAGACUACUAUGAACGUCACCUGGAAAUUGCGAAACAACUGGGUGACAUAUCAGGGGAAGGAAAAGCGUAUAACAAUCUUGGUAACACCCAUCGCAGUCUCGGGCAUGAUGAAACAGCCAUAGAUUACCAUCAACGUCACUUGAGAAUUGUGAAAGAACUGGGUGACACAUUAGGGGAAGGAGCGGCGUACGGCAAUCUUGGCAACGCCUUUCGAUGUCUAGGAGAAAUUCAAACAGCCAUAGACUACCAUGAACGUGCACUGAAAAUUGCUAGAAAAUUGAAUGACAAAGUGGGUGAGGGAUUAGCAUGUUCCUUCCUUGGUUUUGAUUUUCAAUGUCUAGGCCAAUUUCAAAUGGCUAUUAAAUAUUACCAGCUCGCUAUUAAAUUGUCAAAUAAUCUCAGAGAUCGUCUUCAAUUUAACGACGACUGGAAAAUAAGCUUCCGUGAUCAAUACCAGACGAUAUACGCGGAACUUUGGCGCUCGUUGUUAGCAGAUGGCAAGGUUACGGAGGCUUUGUUUUCUGCUGAGCAAGGACGGGCACAGGGUCUUAAAGACCUUAUGACAUUAAAUUAUUCAUUUGAAGCGAAUGAUGUACGACGAGUAAAAGAAACUGGAACCUUUCAUGAACUGUCGAGUUUUCUUCCUGUUAAUACAAUAUUUAUGGCGAUGGGAUGGAAGGAAGUAAUUUUCUGGGUUUUUCAGAAAGGAAAGGACGUUAAAGUAAGAUGGAAGCAAAUCAGUUCACAGGAUGAUGUCAAAACUUCACAGAAUGAAGUCAAAACUUUCUUACAGUCGCUUGUGAAUAAAAUUGGUCCUCGUGAUUAUGUGAAGUGUGAAGAUCGCUCACUCGAGUGGGCGAAGGAUAAAAGACUGGCAUUUGAAAGAUCACCACAGGAUGGGAGACAAAUCCAGCCCUUACGUCGUCAAGAAGAAGCUUUGAGGGCUUUGUACGACACUGUCAUUGUUCCUAUUCAGGAUCUAUUUUCAGGCAGUGAACUCGUAUUCAUUCCAGAAGGUCCACUUUGCUUAGCUCCUUUUGCUGCAUUCAUGAGUCCCGAUUCCAAAUACCUUUGCGAAUCAUUCAGCAUCCGUGUAGCCCCAUCCCUCACAAGCUUGAAAAUGAUUAUGGAAUGUCCGGUAGAUUAUCACCACACCUCGGGCGUGCUUCUUGUCGGAGAUCCGUGGGUGCAAGCUGUGACAAAGCUACCGACGUUGCCAUUUGCCAGAAAGGAAGUAGAGAUGAUUGGCAAAAUUCUUGGUUGUUCGCCUCUUAUUGGAAGACAGGCCACGAAGGAUGAAGUGUUAAAACGACUCGGUUCUGUUGCUUUGGUGCAUAUUGCCGCACAUGGCGAAAUGGAAACGGGCGAAAUUGCCUUGGCGCCAAAAAGUGGUGAGACAGAUUUCAUUUUGACGAUGAAAGAUGUGAAGAGUGCUCAGAUUCGAGCAAGAUUGGUCGUACUCAGUUGCUGUCAUAGUGCUCGUGGCGAAGUCAAAGCAGAGGGAGUAGUCGGUAUAGCACGGGCAUUUUUAGGUGCUGGUGCCCGUUCUGUUCUGGUAUCAUUGUGGGCAAUUGACGACAAGGCCACUCUUGAGUUUAUGACAAAUUUCUACCACCAUCUUGUGAAAGGAAAAAGUGCAAGUAAAGCCCUUAAGCAAGCAAUGAACUGCAUGAGAGAAUCCGAAGAAUUUAGCCGCGUAAUUGACUGGGCGCCGUUUGUACUCAUUGGUGAUGACGUCACAUUAGAAUUUGGCGAGAGUAAAUAG